ACUAGGCUAACUUCCUACUUUAAGACACAACACAAUUGUGCAACAAUACUGAGCAGCUAUAUAUGUGUGCUGGUUAAACUUGUGCAUUAGAUCAUCAAAGGCAGCAUAGAUGCGUAUGGAGAUGGAAGACUAUAAUGAUCAUUAUCACAGAAAAGACAACAGAGAGAUUUUGAACACAUCAGCAAAUGCAGGAUCAAACCAGCUGAGAGCCUGCCGUAUAGUUGGAGUGUCCUUUGGGCUGCUGUGUCUCCUUCAAGUGACUCUGAACAUCACUCUGCGUCUCCUCUACAUCAACAACCUGACCAAUGACGGACAGGAGUGUCAGAUGGGAUACGGCUCGCUGGUUGAAGAAAGAGACCUUUUGCUGACCAAUUACACCAAAAUGUCUGAAGUAACAGAGCUGUUACUAAUCAACUACACCACUCUGGCUGAUGAAAGAGACAGGCUUCAUAAGGAGCUUGAUGACCUGGUGGGAUGGAAGAGUUUCCAAUCCAGCCUCUAUUUCUUCUCCAUUGAGGACAGAAACUGGACUAUGUCCAGGAAGGACUGUAGACAGAGAGGAGCUGACCUGGUGAUUAUCAACAGCAAAGAGGAACAGGAGUUCAUCUCAGCACGUGUCCGUGACACCUGGAUUGGCCUGACAGACAGUGACAUAGAGGGGGAGUGGAGGUGGGUUGAUGGGACUCUACCAAUCACAAAGUUCUGGAUGGAAAAUGAACCCAACAAUGCUGUUAAGGGUGAAGACUGUGUCAAGACUUAUGGAAAACAAUGGAAUGAUGCACAAUGCUCACUACACUUUAGAUGGACUUGUGAAAGACAAAUAUAGAUUUUCCAUGACACCAUACAGUAUAUCAGAAGAUACACCAGUCAAAAGUUUGGACACAGUUGUUCAUGGAUUUUUCAUUAUUUCGACCAUUGUAGAAUCAGAACCAAUAAGGUUAAAACUAUGAAAUAGUAUAUGUAACGGUAUAUAGAAUUAUGUAAGCAAGAAAAGUGUAAACAAAGACAUGUUUUAGAUUUUAGACUAGUAGCUUGAUUUUGCAUCGAUGAGAUUUUCACACAUUUGACAUUCUCUCAACCAUCUUUAGGUAGACAUCUGGAAUGCUUUUCCAACAGUCUUGAAGAAGUUCCCAUACAUGCUGAGUCUGCUUUUCUUUCAAUCAUAUUAAUUCAGAAGCAUUCCAUGUGAUUAUACCUCAUAAAGAUGGUUAUGAUAAUGCCAAACUUCUGACGGGUACUGUAUAUUUGUCACAAUAGGAUUUUUCUCUUCUCUAUGUCUUAUGAAGCCUUCUCUGAUCAUUUGUUUUAUGUCUGGUACAAUGUGUGUAUUCUCACUUGGUCUAAUGUGAAAACAUCUUGGUAUUGUCCUACGUCUUACAAAGACAUUUGAAGUUACUUCUUUUAUGAAUGACUAAUAUCAGCUAUUUUAACCAAUAAAUAAAUUGACAUUAAAUAA